UUGCCGAGUUUACAGUGUAUAGUAAACAAAGGUUCCAUUUCGCGUGAGAGUCUCAGAUUUCGCAGAUCUUUUAUUAUAGUUUUAGAUAUUUAUUCAAUUUUACAAUAAUUAUUUAACAAUUAUUUUACAAUUUAAGAUCAACAUAUAAAGUAACAUUUUAAACAUUGAAUUUUAAGUAAAAAUUAUUGGUAAAAAAGCCACAUUAGUAAAAGCCACAUCGUAGCAAUGGUUAAGCUCUCCGAAGCACAACCCCAUGCAUUUUUCCUCAAAGAUUGUCACGUUUAUGAAACGGAAACCACCAAACUGGAAAAGACUAUUGAUCAAAUGGUGGAUUUUGCUUGGGAUGAUGAAAAAGAAGCUGAUGUGUUGCUUGCACACUUCAUCAAACGAUUAAAAACAGGCAACUAUGUCUACCCGGAAGACGAUUUGCGUGACAUUCUUAAAAACACUGCUGCAUUAUCACCUAGCUGUAUACGUGGUUACAAAGAAAAGAAUCUCCAUUGCCAAGAAAUAAGGAAUCGACUCUCAAUAUUGUUGAAUUAUGGCCUAGCGGAGCUGCAAUGUAAUAAGAAGCCCAAUGAACAGCAAAUGUUCACAAUUCUAAAUCAAUUGGAGCCAUUUGUGGAGAUAUUUGCAACCGAUCCAACUUGGAAUAUAUUCUUCCAGGGCUUAUGGGAUUUCAGCAUCAAUGCGGGGAAAAGUAAAUUAACUGCGAAAAUGGUUACGGUUUACCCAGGUAAAAUUAAUCAAUCUUUGGAAGCUCUUUUAAAGUCAAAGCCCACGGAUGUUAAUUCACUUCUAGAUAAUGAGAAUUUCAUUGGUGUUGCUUCCAUUAUUACAAUACCAGAAGUAUUCCAACAUGUAUUCAUGUACUUAGCACGACAAGACACUAUUUAUCCAGCUGAAGCACACAUUUUACAGACUUCCUUCCAUAAAACUUUGAAAUCAAAUUUACCUAAAAGUAAAUUAUUGGCUUUGUAUCCCCACACUAUCCGAUCGUUUGCCACUAUAUUAUAUGAGACCAAUGAUCCCAAUGACCAAUUUAUUUCAGCUUUACUUCAGCAAAUCAAAAAGCAAAAUAUUCUUGACUUUAUUAUUCUUGUGACACACUUUCCCUUGUUUAUACAUUUGAAGUAAAUAAAUGCGUAAACACCACUCUACAUAAAAUA